AUGACAGACAUUAUCAAAGCAGGAUGGAUUCAACGUCACAGCAAAAGCUUCUUGGAAGGUGGCUGGAAGAAGGUAUGGGUUGUUUUGCACCGAGACAGCAAUCUGAUAUUUUAUAAACGGCAGGGGGAUUGUGAUCCAAAAGGCAGCAUUUUUCUCAAAGAUGUAGGAAAAUGGUUUGCUGUAGGUCAAUAUACAAAUGGUAUGCCUGACCGUCCAGACAUCCCUGCCUCUUCCAGACUUGAACAUUUGCUUGCCAUUCCUGUGAAACCAAGCAGUAAAGCAAAGAUCAUCUGGUUCCUUUUCUCAAAUGACAAUGAACUUAGUGACUGGAUGAGUGCUAUUGUCAGUGUGCUCCCACCAGCCCCUCGAAAAUCUGGGGGUCCACCAGCUCAACCUUCAUGUCCCCAGAUGCCAUAUGCAGGAGCUCCACCACCUCCAGGUUAUGCAGCAGGUGCACUAAAUGCAACAGCACCCCCACCUUACACACAGCAAGUCCCACCACCACCAUAUGCACAUCAUGCUGCACCUUACCCCCAGCAGGCUCCCUACCCACAACAACCAUAUCCUCAGCAACCUUAUCCACAACAGCCAUAUCCACAGCAGCCAGGAUAUCCGCAGCAACCAUAUUAUCCUCAACAGCCUUAUGGUCAAGUACCUCCUCCUCCCCCUGGUUAUGCAGCUUAUCCAGGCCAAUACCCUCAACAACCUUAUUAUGGUACACAGCAACCAACAGUUGUUCACGUUGAGAAAAAGAAAAGUAGUGGAUUGGGUGGAAUAGGUGAAGUUGCUUUGGGUGUGGCUGGUGGUGCUCUUCUUGCCCAUGGUGCUACCAGUAUGAUGGGAGGCUGGGGUGGUGGUUGGGGCGGUGGCUGGGGCCUUGGACGCUGGGGAAGCUGGAGUUCCCUCAGCAGCAUGAGCAGUUUUGGUAGCUGUGGUAGCUUUGGCAGUUUUGGAAGCUGGGAUUAA